GUGCAACAGCCUACGCGUGGGUGGCCAGCAGCGGUCAGUUUUGUCUUUUAGUCAAGAACCGCAGAUAUGUUCGCCCGCUUCGCUGCCCCGCUUGUCCGGUCCGUCGCCGCCAAGAGCGCGCCCCGCCGCUUCUUCGCGAGCCAGACCUUCCUUGACCGCAACGAGGUCAGCGAGCGCGUCCUCAGCGUGAUCAAGAACUUCGACAAGGUCGAGGCCACCAAGGUCCAGGAGACGGCCAAGUUUGUCGAAGACCUCGGCCUCGACUCGCUUGACGUCGUUGAAGUCGUCAUGGCCAUGGAAGAAGAAUUUAUCAUUGAGAUCCCGGAUAACGAGGCCGAGCGCCUCUUGACGCCGGCCCAGGUCAUCGACUACGUUGCCGCCCACCCGAUGGCCAAGUAAAUACACGACUAGUCUUACGCUUUGCCAAUACUAUGUACCUCACGACUGUG